GCGUAUCCUUACUACAGUAUUACCAUCACCUCGACUAGGACGAAACCAUGUCUAAGAUUAUUGUUGAUCCCGAUCACGACAUUGUUUUUAGACUCGACGGAUAUGAUCUACUAGUCUCCUCCAAGGUCCUCUCCUUAGCGUCUCCUGUGUUUGAGGCAAUGUUUAAACCUCACUUCAAGGAGGGCGUCGAACACCAUCUUCAACUCGGGGAGCCGCUCAUUAUUCCUCUGCCGGAAGAUGACCUGGAAGCCACGACUCUUUUUUGUCAGAUUACGCAUCACCGUUCUCGUGAUCUCCCUCGAACACCGAGCCCACUAUGCCUAGAAAAUCUGGCUAUCUUCUGUAACAAAUACAUAUGUGCAGGCUCCGUGGUUAGCUAUGGCACUUUAUGGAUUCAGAAGCAUAGCGGGUCUCGGUCACUUGAAGACCUCAGUCGCCUCUUAUUGCUCGCAUAUGUUCUGGAUCUUCCAGAGUCAUUUGCAACGGUGUUACGAGAGAUGCUCCUACUCAAAUCUGGUCUGUUUACCUCUUUAUGGGUAGUAGACAACCACCCAGUUACUCAUGGCGACCUUCUCGGUAUAUAGGGGAAUACGUCUGGCUUAGUUUACAUCUAAAUCAUUUUAGGCGAAUUUAAUAAUCGGAAAAGGGC